UCUCCGUACGCAGGAAAGAACGAACGAAACACUUAUUUUUACAGCAAGGACCUUCCUUAAAUUCGGUAGAUUCAACGAAUUUUAUGAUUUGCAACUUAGCCUUAUUAAAUUCCAUUUGCAUGGUUGUAACCUCGAUGAUGGUCUUAAUAUCGGCGCCAAGGGAGAUGUAAGUCUGAUUCGUUGGAGGUGGGUUGUAGCCGUAGCAGCGCUGUGCUGACUGACAAAGCGACAGACCGACAGAGCGAGGAGAGCAGAGGAGCUGUCCAUAGGCUGGGGGUGCUGAUGCGGCGGCUCUGAGAAAAGCAGAGAAACCGAGCAUGGCUGCUGGGAAGUUACUGCUCUACGCCGGCCUGUCCCUCUCUCUGUGCGCCCUAGGAAUGCUAGCAGUGGCAAUCUGUUCCGACCACUGGUACGAGACUGACGCGCGGAGGUAUCGUGAGCGCUGUCGGAGCUUCUCCAGCCGUAAGAACCCAGGCUUUAUCUACAUCCCCAACAACAGCCUCCCUCUGCGGGCUAGCCGCUCCAGACUGGACCGCUGGGAGGACAAGCUGCUCCUAGCCCGGAACAGAAGGCAGCUGUUCGCUAUGUCCGCCGCGGACGARUGUAGCAGGCARUACAACUCYACCAACAUGGGACUGUGGAGCAAAUGCCACCGACUGGACUUCGACCAGGACGUAGAAGACCUCAUUCGCAAAG